AUAUAGACCUGCAGCUAACUGGAUUUGAUUUAUAAGAGGGAAAUCUACAGUCAAUGGCCACCCUCACCAAAUUGCUACUAUGGAAAACAGAAUGGUCAAUAGGAUAUGGUCUGAUAAAUAGAGAUGAUUGAAGAUGCUGCCUCAAUACAUGUGAAAUCAAUGGGAGAUACUUGCUGCAUGAAGAGUGUUCUGAACUUUUCCCGACCAGCUCACUUUUGAGGAAUUGGAGGCAUAUUCUACCAUUAUACAGUCCGUCUCGAGUGGAUAUAAAUACAUUUGCCUCACUGUAACCAGACAGCUAGACAACUAAUGUGGGAUCAUGGCACAGCCCAGAUGCAUGUGGCCAGAUUACGUUUGGAAAGCAGUGAUGGCAUGCUUGGUACACAGGGGAUUGGGCGCCUCGUUGACUCUCUGUAUGUUGGGAUGUUUAAUUCAGGCUGCCCAUGUGCUCUCACAAAAAUUGGAUGAUGUGGACCCACUGGUGACAACCAACUUUGGCAAGAUAAGAGGGAUUAAGAAAGAACUCAAUAAUGAAAUUUUGGGGCCUGUUAUUCAGUUUCUUGGAGUUCCGUAUGCAGCUCCACCAACAGGAGAACAUCGUUUUCAGCCUCCAGAACCACCAUCUCCCUGGUCAGAUGUCAGGAAUGCCACUCAGUUUGCUCCUGUGUGUCCCCAGAAUAUCAUUGAUGGCAGGUUGCCAGAAGUCAUGCUUCCUGUGUGGUUUACCAAUAACUUGGAUGUGGUUUCUUCAUAUGUACAAGACCAGAGUGAAGACUGCCUUUAUUUAAACAUAUAUGUCCCAACUGAGGAUGUAAAAAGAAUAUCCAAGGAAUGUGCCAGAAAACCCGGCAAGAAAAUAUGUAGAAAAGGAGGUCCCCUUACAAAGAAACAGACAGAUGAUUUAGGUGAUAAUGACGGUGCUGAAGAUGAAGAUAUCCGGGACAGUGGAGGUCCCAAGCCAGUGAUGGUGUAUAUCCAUGGUGGCUCAUACAUGGAAGGUACGGGAAAUUUAUAUGAUGGGAGUGUGCUGGCGAGCUAUGGCAAUGUGAUCGUCAUCACUGUCAACUAUCGGCUUGGGGUACUUGGUUUCUUGAGUACAGGAGAUCAGGCCGCAAAAGGAAACUAUGGACUUCUUGAUCUCAUACAGGCUUUAAGAUGGACUAGUGAGAACAUUGGAUUCUUUGGUGGUGACCCCUUGAGAAUCACUGUUUUUGGAUCAGGCGCUGGGGGUUCAUGUGUCAAUCUGCUGACUUUAUCCCAUUAUUCUGAAGGUAACCGUUGGAGCAAUUCAACCAAAGGACUUUUUCAACGAGCAAUAGCUCAAAGUGGAACAGCCCUUUCCAGCUGGGCUGUUAGUUUCCAACCUGCAAAAUAUGCUAGAAUGUUGGCCACAAAAGUUGGUUGCAAUGUUUCAGAUACAGUAGAGUUAGUGGAAUGCCUCCAGAAGAAGCCUUACAAAGAACUUGUUGAUCAAGAUAUUCAGCCUGCCAGAUACCACAUAGCCUUUGGACCUGUGAUCGAUGGUGAUGUCAUACCAGACGACCCCCAGAUAUUGAUGGAGCAAGGAGAGUUUCUCAACUAUGACAUAAUGUUAGGAGUUAACCAAGGGGAAGGGUUAAAAUUUGUUGAAAAUAUAGUAGAUAGUGAUGAUGGUAUAUCAGCUAGUGACUUUGACUUUGCUGUUUCCAAUUUUGUUGAUAAUUUAUACGGCUAUCCUGAAGGCAAAGAUGUUUUGAGAGAAACCAUUAAAUUCAUGUACACUGACUGGGCUGAUCGGCAUAACCCUGAAACCAGAAGGAAGACACUGUUGGCAUUAUUUACUGACCAUCAGUGGGUGGCACCAGCUGUAGCCACAGCAGAUCUUCACUCAAACUUUGGUUCACCCACAUACUUCUACGCCUUUUACCAUCAUUGCCAAACAGAUCAGGUUCCAGCUUGGGCUGAUGCAGCCCAUGGAGAUGAGGUUCCCUAUGUAUUGGGAAUCCCCAUGAUUGGUCCCACAGAGUUAUUUCCUUGCAAUUUCUCCAAAAAUGAUGUGAUGCUGAGUGCUGUCGUAAUGACAUACUGGACAAACUUUGCUAAAACUGGUGACCCCAAUCAACCAGUCCCUCAAGACACAAAAUUCAUCCAUACCAAACCCAACCGCUUUGAAGAAGUAGCAUGGACCAGAUAUUCCCAGAAAGACCAACUUUAUCUCCAUAUUGGAUUAAAACCAAGAGUUAAAGAGCAUUACAGGGCCAAUAAGGUGAACCUCUGGUUGGAGCUGGUACCUCAUCUGCAUAAUCUCAAUGACAUUUCUCAGUAUACCUCGACAACAACUAAAGUGCCAUCAACUGACAUCACUCUUAGACCCACGAGAAAAAAUUCUGUACCUGUCACAUCAGCCUUUCCCACUGCCAAGCAGGAUGAUCCCAAACAACAGCCAAGUCCAUUUUCAGUGGAUCAAAGGGACUACUCAACAGAGCUGAGCGUCACUAUUGCAGUCGGAGCAUCAUUGUUGUUUCUGAACAUCUUGGCCUUUGCAGCCCUGUACUACAAAAAGGAUAAGAGGAGACACGAUGUCCACAGGAGGUGCAGCCCUCAGCGUACUACCACCAACGAUCUGACCCAUGCACAAGAAGAGGAAAUCAUGUCCCUCCAAAUGAAGCACACUGAUUUGGAUCAUGAAUGUGAGUCCAUCCAUCCACAUGAGGUGGUUCUUCGGACCGCCUGCCCCCCAGAUUACACACUAGCUAUGAGAAGGUCACCUGAUGAUGUUCCCUUAAUGACACCCAACACCAUUACAAUGAUUCCCAACACUAUACCAGGGAUUCAACCCUUACACACAUUCAAUACAUUUACUGGAGGACAGAACAAUACUCUGCCCCACCCCCAUCCCCACCCCCAUUCACAUUCAACAACCAGGGUAUAGCCAGAUAAGAGAAACAAACUAUUUUUUUUUCUUUUGAUGGAUUGCAGUAAAACAAAAUUACUGAAGAUUCCUUGGCUUUCAACCUACAAGACUCUCACUAUUUAAAUAAGGAGGAAUAUUAUGUGAAUAUACAUAUCAAGAACUUUGGGGGUUUUGAAAAAAAUGAAUUGUAUAUAUAUAUACACAAAUCAACUCUAAAAACAAAUUUCAAUUGCUUGAAGCAAUUGUUCUGAAUGAUACUUUUUCAUUCACAUUCAAGAAUUAAUUUUUUGAAGAUUUAAGUUGCAUAAUGGAAUUAGGCAUGUGGAACACCAAACAGGAAAGAACUAUGUCCGAAAUAUAAAAAAAUUUAAAAACAACUAUGAAUAUGCACAAGGGACACACCAAUGGAAUGUCAGAUAAUUUUCACCAGUUUUUAUUUGGAGCUGUUUUAUUGUGUAGACCAUAUUUACAUAUUUGGAUAAGUACACAAAGCACCAAUGCUGUUAAUGGCCUUAGCGGAGGCUCAUGCUGAAAUUUGCCAGUAAAACAAAGGAGUUUAAAGACUGGCAGGUACAACAUUAUCACAUAAGUGCUGUCAGUAUAAAGUUGUGGGGAUAAAGGAAACUGGAUAUUUUUAGCACGAUGUGCAUGAUAAUUUAUAUGCUUGGUGGCUGUGCUGCUGAUUAAGCCGUAAUUAAAAUUCUUCUCAUCCCAUUGGAGUUUUUAAUAGAAGCUUCCUCCAUCAAUUGGCAGAACCUAAAGAAGAUUUUAAGGGGCAAAAGUAAUUACAGUAAAAUAAUUCACAGUAGCUUCAAUAAUAGAAGGAAUUAGCUAUUAAAGGUAUUUGAAGAAAUAUAGGUAUAGUGGUGAAUACUCGCUGAUAUGAAUCCCAGAAAAAAAAUUUCCUGUGUUUUUAAUGUUCUUUUCAUUCCCAUCUAAAUAAUUUAUAGAAAUAUAACCCUAAUUGGACAUAUGUUACCGGCUCUAUAAUUUGCUGUGUUUUUUUGUUACUCUGUAUUUUGUUCCUUUUGGUAAGGUGAAGUGUGUCCAAAGAGUUGUUUGAAACAGUCUUUUAUGAUAUGAAGAUGCCCCAAUAUUACCACUCUGAUGACAGUUCUCAGUUAAUUGAUUUACUCAUGUUGCAUGGCAAAAUGUUUACCGAUAAUAAUUCAAUAUAAAGUUAUGUCCCUCUUCACAUCACUUAUCUUUCUCACUGAGGUUCAUUCACUGGAAUUUACUCACGCAAUCUCAGUAGAGUGCGACAUAGAUAAAGAACCUAGGAGAGUCAACACCUGGAGGAUUUUAGUCUUACACACGUGUGUGAUUUUAAAUGAAUACUCUAAGAUCACAGGAAACUCUUCAUCCCCCUGUUUACCAGUAAUAUCAGUAUAUCACUGACCUUUCCAAAUGUUUGUAUAUGUAAUCCGAUGUACAUUUAUAUUAAAACAAUGAGAUGGACUUAAAGAGCACAUCCUGAUAAAUACUUUCUCUCUUACCUGUACUAUAUUUCUAUUAGACUAAAGUUAUGUGAUUUUUUUUUACAUUUUUUCAGAUGACUAGCAAUUUUGAUAGUUUGUAAGAUAAUGCAAAGAACUUUCUCUGACAAACUAACUGCAGUAACAGAAACCUUUCUUUUCAGUUACUCUUUUUCAAGAAUGAAAGCUUAUUAUACAAAAGAAAAAAAUUGUAUACUACUUGAUGGAAACAACUUUGUACAUCUUGGCCAUGUCACUGGUCAUUGCGUGAAAUAAAGAUAAUCUGGAUAAUGACUAUUAGUCAAAUGCUAAGAGACAUGAUCUUUGCUCAUUAAAGAGCUAAAAUGUUUAUUGCUGUUUUGUCUUUUUUUACAAAACAAAAACAAGAGAAACAUGACUGUCUCAAAGGGUCAUUUUUCUAGACCAGUCGGGUUUUUGAAGACACAUAGGUAACUUCUACAGAAAAACAUGACCAUGUGUUUAAAGUCAAUUCUUGUCUAAGAUUGAAACUUUAACAUUAUGGAUUUAUAAGCUCCAGAAACUCUUGAAAAAUAUUAGCUUUGUAUUUUUAAAUACCCCUUUUGUGAAGGUGUUUUAGAAAUAAAGUGCCAAUUGUUUUCCGUUAGAAACACAGGUUACAAUUCUGAUCAUCAGGGAGAAGGUCUUUUGGAAAGAAAUGUGCAAAAAUUCAUGAAAUAUAAAUAUCUAGAUUCACGGGGCUGGGGAUAUAACUCAGUCGGUAGAGUGCUUUGCCUUGCAUGCACAAGGCCCUGGGUUCAAUCCCCAACACCAAAAAUAAAUAAAUAAAUAAAAGAAAGAAAGAAAGAAAAUUUAACUUCAUAAUAUAAGGGUAAUUAAGUUGUCAUAAAGUAGCAGAUAGAAAAUUAUCCUUGAAAGAGAACUUACAAUUGCUGUGCAAGACAUUAAAUUAUACUAAAAGAUAAGUUUAUUUCAAGGGAUUUCUUUGAUUACAAUUUCUCCUCCCAAUUAUGAACCUUCAGUAAAAUGCAGAUAUGGCUCCAUAAUUUCAAAUAAAAAUCUCUGUUAGAAGCCAAAAAAUCCAGAGUCUUCAAAAUCCAGAGUGGUCUACAUUCAGUCUUUGCCUGAUGUGGUUAUGCUUUUAGACUGUGAACUGCCAAUGUAAACCAAUAAAAGGAAUUGCUUAGCAUCUGAAAUAUUGUUUAAUCAGAAGACUGUCUUUUACUAUAUUGAGUAAACAAAAGAUAAAAACAGAACUAGAAAUGACAGCAGAGUAAGACAAUAUAUGAAUACCUUCAUAGGCAUUACUUCCACCUGGCAAAAACAAACAUUCUAUUAUGUUGUACUGAUGGCCAAAUUUCUCCCUACUGUACCUUUAUCUGUAAACCUGCCUAUCUGUACCGUAUCUGACUUCUACUUCAUGUUAAAAUUUGGGGAAGAAGCAUUACCCUGUUUAUUUCUCUAAAAUUUAAGUAGCAUCAACUUUGCAGAAGGCAGAGAAGCCAGAUUUUAUUGCUCUUCUCAAGUUAAUUGGUAAAGUCAUUGUGAAUGAGUGUUAGUUGUUAGUUUUAUAAUCACAGACUCUAGUUUUCUGGAUGAGAAACGAUAUCCCACAUUAAGCAGAACAUUAAGAACUGUUUUCAAAGCUACAAUAUAAAUUUUUAAAUGCAAGAACUAAUUUGAAUACUAUUAAUAAAUUUUAAUCAAUAUGCUUAACAUGUAUUUAUUUAGAUAAUAGCCUCCUUUAGGGAAAAAAAGUAAGUACUAAAAAUAAAAGAACAUUUUGGCAUUAUUUAUUAAUUCAGAUUUUCUUGAUUCGAUUAAAUUGUAACCUAAGCAAGGCUGCUUAGAAUUUAUAUAAACAUUAAGCCAAAAUGAACUUUAUUUUAUUGUUUUGUUUUUCUAUAAACUUUUUGCCAAACGUUUAUUAGAAUAAUAUUGUUUUAGAGUAUGAGGUUAAAAAUGUUAAAAUGACAGAUUUCAUAGUUUUAAAUUUUUAUUAAACUAUGAACAAAAUCUGAUUUACUACUACAAGGUAUUUAAUAAAUUUCAUUAAUUCUAUGCAAAUUGGAGCAUAAUUUGCUAAAAUGUUACAAAUACCCAAUUUGGAGACAUCUUUUCAACUCAAAUGAAAUGAGUGUGGAUAAUUUCAUUUCUCAAUAGAAUUUAAAUGUUGACCAAAAAAUUCUUUAUUUCAGACUUCUUAAUCUGUAUAACCUGAAAAGAGCAACAUUUAUAUAUAUAUCAACCAUGUUUACUAAGCAGGAAAACAAGAUGGCAAUAAUUUUCUUACAGAAAUGAAAUGCCAAAUUUAAAUGGCUGUAUGUAAAAAAUGUUAGAUAAUGACAGUUAUUUCACCUGUUGGUAUAUUCAUAUUCAAAUGCAUAUUAUUGUCAAGAAAGGAUAGAAGAAAUGUAGUAAAUAUGUUCCAGCUUUAAAGACACUACUACAUAGAAAUUACUGGGAUUCUUUUCCUUGGCGAGUUUCACUGAAAUACUUUCACGGGACAAUAUGAGUGGAGUUUUUAGGAAGUUGUGAAACAUCAUAGAAAUCCUUUGAUGUUAGUAAUUUUAUUUCUGUCUGUGGUGUUGAUUCAAAGUACUGGCCUUUUCCUUCAUUUCCAGUAAUUAGUUGUUACAGACUAUCACUUUUUAAUGUGAGUGAAAAUUAGAUAAUUUGGUUAUACUUGUGAAAACAUGCUCCCAAAUAAAUUCAAUUAAUGGGCACUUCCCUGCUGAGAUUUUUGUUAUCAUUCAUUUAAUUAUCUUGCCAAGCUUUACUGUUACAGCAAUCGUUUUAGCUUUUUUGUCUAUAAAGUAACAGAAUGUCUGCAAUAGCCUUAUACCUUUCCUGCACUUGAUAUUGACAAUAUACCAAUAUACACUUCAGAUUUCCAUUGCAGUCUCCAAAGUUCCUUAGAAACUUCAGGUGACCGACUUGAUUCUUUUCCAUAAGCAUUGCGAUUUGGUUUUAAUCUGGCACUUUGCUGUAUUUAUUGUAUGCAGGCCAGAAAUUAAUUCCCUAAUUAAUGUGAUUAGGGUUAUGGAGAAUAUAAACUGAAAUAACCAUGUGCAGAGCCUAAGUGCCUUUUCCUUUUGGAAUUUUAUUUAUAAAACUUAACUUUUUUAAUUUACAGAUUUUGAUUAAUUUGAUUUAAAAAACAACUUAAAUGAAUAGGUUUACAAUUGCUAAUAAGAAAAUAUUAUUUGGAAAUUGUGCAAUUAAUUUGAGUUUUGUAGGAUAUCAAAUGGGUACAAAUGACUCUUUGGAAAGAAUGAAGUCAUUAUUUUUUUUGAAACAUAAUAACUCUUUAGGCAUCUGAUUUGAUGGUACUUAAGAACAGAAACUUCAAUCUCUAACAAACUUUUAAAUGUUUCCAAAUAUUGAAUUUAAUUUAGAAGUCUGAAGUUAUUAGGAACAAACAUAAAUAAGAUACAUAUAUAAUUUUUCUGGCCAUCCAUUAUGUACUAUAUCAUACAUAUAUCUAUCUAAUACAUGGUUCAUUGGAAAUUUAUGAUGGCCCUUUUAGAUCCAUAUAUUUACAAAUAACAUUGUAUAGCUUCCUAAAUUUGUAAUAAUAUGACAGGAUUCAGUAUUCCAUGGAAAGUCAAGCCAAAGUACAAGAAGUGUUGUGUUGAUAUAAAUGAUAACAAAGCUUUAAAGAGAUUUGUAAAGACACAAUAACGAAAACUCAGCAGCUGAAGUUCAAACAAGGGGACCAUUUUUGAAUGCCAUUUUCAGAGCUGAUAUCUAUAUUAGAUGAAGUGUUUAAAAAGUUUUAGUGUUUUUGAUUCAUUCUUUCUCUGCAUUCAUAUCAAUUAGCAAAUUAAUGCGUCAUAUAUCAUGGUUUUUGUAAAAAAAAAAAAGGGCCAUUGGGUUGUCAUGGUUCAGUUUGUGUUUGGACAUCCAUGGCUUUCAUUAAAAUGCAUUUAUUAUCAUGAAUAAAUAUUAUCAUAUUUUC